GAGGAGGAGGAGGAGGAAGAGGAGGAGGAGGAGGAAGAGGAAGAGGCGCUGCCCGGCGGGUCAGGGCGGGGAAGUCGCCGCCCGAAGAUGGCGGCCGCGGGGGGGCCACACGCCGGGGCUGCGGCGGAGGCGCGGUUCAUCAGCAGCGCCAAGGGAAAGGGCUUGUUCGCCACCAAAAACAUCCGCAAAGGGGAAACGGUCUUCGUGGAGAGGCCGGUGGUGUCAUCGCAGUUCCUCUGGAAUGCGCUGUACAACUACCGAGCCUGUGAUCACUGCCUGCGGGCUCUGGAGACGGCGGAGGAGAACGCCCAGCGCCUGCUGGGGCAGAGCUCUCUGGUGCUGCCCCACCCCGAGCAGUGCAGCACCCGCAAGGAGCUGCACCAGCAGUGUCCCCGCUGCCAGGUGACGUACUGCAGUGCAGAGUGCAGGCAGGCAGCUCUGGAGCAGUACCACCAGGUGCUCUGCCUCGGCCCGUCCCGGGACGACCCCACACACCCCCUCAACAAGCUGCAGGAGGCAUGGAGAAACAUGCAUUACCCCCCAGAGACUUCCAGCAUCAUGCUGAUGGCCAGGAUGGUCGCCACCAUCAAACAGGCUAAAGACAAGGAAUGGUGGAUCAAGGCCUUCUCCCAGUUCUGCAGCAAGACAGCAAAUGAAGAAGAGGAGAUUGUGCACAAGCUGCUGGGGGACAAAUUUAAGGGCCAGCUGGAGCUGCUGCGCCUGCUCUUCACCGAAGCCCUGUAUGACGAGUGUCUCAGCAGGUGGUUCACUCCAGAAGGCUUUCGGUCCCUCUUUGCCCUCGUGGGGACCAAUGGCCAAGGCAUAGGAACCAGCUCCCUCAGCCAGUGGGUGCACGCCUGCGAUGCUCUGGACCUGCCCCUGCUGCAGCGGGAGGAGCUGGACGCCUUCAUUGACCAGCUCUACAAGGACAUUGAGAAGGAGUCAGGAGAGUUCCUCAACUGCGAGGGAUCAGGACUCUACGUGCUGCAGAGCUGCUGUAACCACAGCUGCAUCCCCAAUGCUGAGACAUCCUUCCCAGAAAACAACUUCCUCCUGCAUCUCACUGCUCUGGAGGACAUUGAAGCAGGAGAGGAAAUCUGCAUCAGUUACUUAGAUUGCUGUCAGAGGGAGCGGAGCAGACACAGCCGCAACAAGAUACUCAGGGAGAACUACUUGUUUACCUGCUCGUGUCCCAAGUGCCUGGCACAAGCCGACGACGCCGACGUGACGUCGGACGAAGAGGAGGAGGGCGAAGGGGAGACGGACGAUGCGGAGCUGGAGGAUGAGAUGACUGAUGUGUGAUCCUGGCCCUGGGCAGGAGGAGAGGGAAGGGACAGGAGGGAAGGGAAGGGCCUGGAGGUUCCUCCAAGAGGCAGCAGCUUUAAUAUAGAACAGGGUUGUGUUGUGGGGUCGGGUGGGUGCCCUGCUCCCGCCUGUCCGUGCUGUCCCAGUGUGUGUGCGUGAGUGUGUCUGUGUCAGGCUGUCCCUGUCCUCCCUGGGAGGACAAGCUGGGAGCCAGUGGCCCUCCACCACAUCCCAGUUAUCUGCUGGGCUGGUGCUUGCAGGGGAGGCUGGAGGAGAGUGGAGGAGAGUGGGACCCAGCCAGCCCCUGGGACACCACUGUGAGGUCACUCUGCUGUGUCUGUGCAGGUGCUUGUCCUUCCCAGCCGCAGGGACCAGGGGAAUGUGUGUGUGUGUGUGCGUGUGUCUGUGCACGAGGGUACUAUUUAAUGUCUAUAUUAGCACUAUCUACACACUAUGGAGCCAGGGCCCUUACAUAUCCUCCAUUCCAUGCCUUGCCCAGCACUGAGGGGCAGCAGGAUCUUGCAGGAGGGUGGCCCAGAGCUGGAGUCCAGUAGGGAGAGCAGAGCUGACCCUGCAGAGCCUUCCCAGCUCAGCCCAUCCUUCCCAUGACAGAGCCUUGGGCAGCGACUGCAGGAGCGUUCGGGGAUGGAGAAUGGCCAGGAGCUGACAUGAGCUGUGGUGUGAUCCCACAUCCAGAAGACAUUUUGGGUUUUGCAGGGAGGGAGUUGUCCCUCCCUCCAGCCAGCUGUGGGACGGGGCUGUGCCCAUGCAGGAGUGGCCAUGCUGGGGAUGCAGUGUGUGCUGGGUGUGUGCUGGCUGCUUCCCUGCUCCCAGUGCUGCCUCAUGGAGAUGUGCCAGUGCACAGUGGCCCCCUGGAUGUCCCCUUGUCAACCAUCCCAUGCUGCCACCCUCAAGGCCACACCACUGCAGCGUCCCUGUGUGCAGACCGUGUGGCUGCAGGGACAGCACGGCUCUGUGACGGACAGGCAGCAGGGCAGGGAUGCACCCGGGGUUAUUUCCUUCCUCCAUGCAUUUUGGGAGCUGUGUUCCUGCUGCCAUGUCUGUGGGACCGAGGGUGGCACAGCUGUGACACUGCCAUCACUGCCAGCCCUUCCUCCUGCUGCUUGUCCCCAGCCAUCCCAGGGCCACAUCCCCUUCAGUGUUCCUAAUAAACCGAGACUGGUGACAGCU